AUGGAGACUUUUGGGCUGAGGAGGACCCAGUCCCUGAGGUGUCUGUCUGGGGUUCAGGAGAGCUCAUGGGUCAUGCCAGCUUUAAGCCACUGGAACAGGAAGUCUGUGUCGCAGCUGGUGCAACAAUACCAAAGCUGUAGUGACCUACGGAAUCUUGAAAAAGAGGAUCGUAAACUUCAGGUGACAGAAAGCAGUGUGGACAGUCAACGGGGGAGGACAGAGAGCAGGGAGAACGUGGCCCUCAGGGGGGGGCCACGUUCUCUCCCAGGAAGAAGCUCCAAUCUGACCAGGAGUCGCUCCAUGGACUGCCUCCCUCAGAAGGAGUCCUCAGGCACCAGAGCUCUGUGUGCCCUGUUUGAGUCCAAGGCCUCGCUGCAGCAGGACGUCAACAGCAGCACCAGGCUGGGCAUCAAGUCUGCUGCUGGCAGUAAAACAAGGGGAGGCUGCCCCCUGCAGGACCAGAGAGGCCAAAACAGCCCAGUAAAGGAUGCCACUAUUCAGGGAACAACCCAGGCAGAAAGGGGAAAGGUCGGGAAAGGACCUCAAGAGUCUAACAGCAAAAAGUGGAGAUACUCACACGGUGAUAAAACCCGUCUGCCACCGACGACAGGGGUCUCCCCGACAAGACCAGCCAGAGACAGGAUAUCUGCUUCCUCCUCAGUGAGAGAGAGAUCCGCUCUUUAUCUGUCAAGAGCAGCCAUCGACUCCACAGGAGGCUCAACGCAGCCAGAAUCUAUCAGUGCUCCAGCAACAAGGUCGAAAAGCAUUAAGAUGGCUGACGCAGCCAGGAAAGUCAAAGUUUCACAGUCUUCUCAUGAUGAAGAUGACCUCCCUAUCCCUCCACCUCCUCCUGUACCACCUAGACCCCUGGACUACGAAGGGCCUCCUACAUGUGGUAGCCUCCCUAUCCUUCCACCUAAAGAAACCUUCUCCACGUUCUACCACCAACGGCAGAAGAGUGAACUGAAGAGACUCUUUAAACACAUCCACCCUGACCUACGGGCAAGUCUCGAUGAUGUAGUGGAUGAUGAGAUAAUGGAGGCAGUGCAGUCAGAAAACCCUGAUGCAGCAGAUGCAGCUUAUCAGUGUGAAGUGCAGUCCAUGAGGUGGAUUUUUGAGAACUGGAAUCUGGCCAACAUUGGGGACCCUCAUUCAACCAAGAAGAUGUUGGAUGAUGAGGAGUUAAAAGGUGGAGAUGUCAGAGGCACAUCCUCUAUGUUUGAGAAGAUUGACAGCACCCAACAAAUGUCUGCUAAAAGACAGACCUCUGUCAGAGGUGAUGUGAGAACAUCAACAUGGCUGUUUGAGACCCAGACCUUAGAUUCUCUAAAUAAAUCCAGAAGAGAAGAAGGUGAGCUGGUCGAGGCAGUGUUGAGAGAACCCGUCCAGCCAGGAGACGUAACCGGGACUCGACUGCUUUUUGAGUCAAAAUCACUUAGUGACUUGGGACGCUGCAACUCCAUAGAAGAUUAUAGCUUCCUGAAACUGAAAUCUGAGCUCCAGGAACAGAAAGGAGACGUCCAGACGACUGUGAAACUGUUCCAGACAGAACCUUGCUGUGCCAUCAGAGACAACAGAGGCAAUAUGCAUGAAAUCAAAUCCAUCUGCAGGGAAGAGAUCAGCAGCAACAACAUCAGCACCGCCCGUUGGCUUUUUGAAACCCAGCCUUUGGACCUGAUUAAUAAAGAAACUGAUGGAGUGAAAAUCAUUCGAGGGAUAUCACUGGAAGAGGGGCACAGAGGCGGAUUUGACCAAAAGAGGUGGAUGUUUGAAACUCAGCCAUUUGGCACAAUACAAGAAGUUGCAGGCGUGGACAAGUUUGAAGGAACAGUGGAUGAAUGCAGUGGAGAGGCGGAUGUUGUCAACAAGAGGACGUAUUUUGAGACACAGCCUUUGGCAUCACUGAGAGGAGAUUCAGCAGAAAAAUCUUUGGAAAAGGAAGAAAUAAUUGGGGGGGACAUCAAAACUUCUCUGUGGUUGUUUGAAACGCAACCCAUGGAGACUCUUAGUGAUACAUAUGAAGUUGGACGUCUGAAGAAAAUUACCCUUUCAGCUGAUGAACAAGGAGAAGUAAAAGGUACAAAGAGAAUGUUUGAGAGCUGCAGUACUGAGAAGAACACCUCAUUCAAAAAACAAGAGAUUGAAAAGGGUGACGUGAAGGGAUUCAAACAUCUUUUUGAAACAAUUCCUUUGAGCAAAAUUGCUCAUUCUGAUGAAGAAAUUAUUGUGGAGGAAAAUGCCACCCCAGCAGGAAACAUGAAAGGUAACGGAGCAAUGUUUGAGGCACCUCAUUUAUACGCAAUAAAGGACAGCUCUGGAAACCUCCACAAGGUCACAACAGUCAGCCGAGAAGAAUUAAUCAAAGGCAAGGUCAAAAACUACAAGUGGAUGUUUGAGACCAAGCCAAUAGACGAGCUUGCAGAAGGAAAAGGAAAUGUCGAGGUUAUAAAAGGCAUCACCAGACAAGAGGAUACGAAGGGAGAUGUCAAGAUGGCAAAGUGGCUGUUUGAAACGCAGACAAUAGAUGGGAUCCAUUCUAAGUUCAACCAGACAGACCAAACUGUCUCUGUUGAAGAGGAGCCUCAUAAAGGCGAUGUCAAAAAUUGUAAAUGGUUAUUUGAAACACAGUCAAUGGGCAUUUUGUCUAACAAAUCAGAUAAUGUCAAAGAUAAAGAAGCCACUGACAACACCAAUGUCAAGUCCAUUACUUGGCUUUUUGAAUCACAACCUCUUGACAGCAUUAAAGAUGGGGAGGAGUACAAUUUGAAUCUCUGCAGCACUGUGCAGGACUCUGUGAAAUCAGAGGUUGGUGUUAAAACAGUGAAAUGUCUUUUUGAAACAGAAACCUUGGACAGAAUUAGACAGGAUACAAAUUCAGACAAAGACAUGAGAUGUGUCAGCCACGUCGACUUCCAGUCAGGAGAUGUCUCACGAGUCAAAGAACUUUUUGAAUCCCAGUCACUUGAUGAAAUAGGAUUAGAAAUGGAGACAACGUGUGAUGAACAGAACCAAGGUGAACCAAUUGAAAGCGGUUCGGCCCAUAAGUUAACUUGGAUGUUUGAGAACUGUCCCAUGAACCUCAUCAAUAACGAAAACGUUGAUGCAAACCUUCAGGGAGUGAGUGAAGCUGUGAGUGGGGAUGUCCAGAACAAAAAGUUUAUAUUUGAAACCUCCUCACUGGACAAAAUCCACAACGAACCCCUUGAGCAGAAAUUGGUCCAUGCAGAGGAGCCUGUGAGCAAUGUGGAUGUGAAAUCAAGCACCAUGAUGUUUGAGUCCCUGCCGCUUUAUGCCAUUAGAGACAAAGAGGGACUGUUCCACGAAGUUACAACUGUGAAAAAAGAGGAGGUGAUGAGUGCUGACGUAAGAGGAGCGAGGUGGAUGUUUGAAACAAAGCCACUUGAUGCUAUCAAGGCAGAGAAUGAAGUUUUUGUGAUCCGAGCUGUCACCCAAGAAGAUGUAAAGAAAGGCGAUGUCAAAUCGGCCAGAUGGAAGUUUGAGACGCAACCUUUGGACUCUCUGACCAGCCACGAGGAGUCUUCUGUCAGGGUCACUGAAGACUUUGGAAGCAGUAACGUGCGGCUCAAUAAAGAGUUGUUUGAAUCUGAACAGUCAUCCAACAAGUUUGUGCGAAUGGUUAGUGUCAGUGAUGUCCAACAAGGUGAUGUCAGGACCUCCACCUGGCUCUUUGAGAACCAAUCGAUUGACAGCCUGAAAGGUGAACAUCAGGAGCAAGGUCCAGUCAAAACAGUCCACAGAGAAGACAGCCAGAAAGGAGACGUGAAGCGCUGCACUUGGCUGUUUGAAUCCCAGCCGCUAGACAAAAUCAAGGAGCCAGAGGAUAAUUCAGAGCAAGGUGUCGAGGAGGAGAUACAAAAAGCUGAUGUGGAGUGCACAACCUGGCUCUUUGAGACAACUCCAUUGGACCAAAUCACUGCCAACAGUGUUUCUGACGCCCUAUCAUAUCUCUACCAAAUGUCCUUUGUUCACUCAAGUGGCAUCAUAAUACAAGCAAAUGAGAGUAGAAAUGUUAACAUGGCUAAAUAUCUGAUUGAAAGCAAUGAAGGUGUGCAAAUCCAGAAUGAAGAGGUUAUCAAGGGGAACAUCAGGAACAUCAUGUUCCAACUGCUUAUUAAACCGACUCUCAAGCCCCAAGUUACUCUUCUCAGAGAGGUGGAGAAGGGUAAAGUGAACACCACUGUAGUAGAACUUCCGGUCUACCAGUCGGCAACAACAAUCAACCUUGAGAGGGAUCAACGAAUACACAAUAUUGUCCAGAUGAUUGAGGAAGUGCUUGUUCAAGAUAAGGCUUUGAAAAAAGGAAUCCUAAUGCAAGAGACUGCAGGAGGACAAGCAGAAUUGAUCGUUUAUUCACUCAUCUGCAAUUAUCAAACCAAAGCCAAGACUCACGCCACAGAGAGAGGAGAUGUGAAGUCUACAAUUGGAAAUCUGUUGUCUACCGCCAAUAGUCAGAGGACUGCAGUGUCGUGCAGAGUCGAUGAAACUGAAAAGGGAAAUGUGAACUUGUACAAAAGCUGCAUUGAAAAAGGAGAUCUGCACUACCUGAAAAGUCUGCAUACUGAAUUGUCUGGAGAUGAAGUUGAUUGUAGCCUUCUUGCUAAAGAACAGAUAGAAAUAGUUCAGGGGGACGUGAAAGAAGCAAAGAGGAGUCUCUGCCAGCAGAAAGAUCAAGUGGAGCGAACCAUUUCCGAUGUUUUGCCAGGAGAUGUGGAGAAUACCAAAAAAGUGUUUUCAUCAGAGUCUACUGUCAGUGUUGACAACUGUGUUCCAAAGGAAGAAAUAAUUCCUGGAGAUAUUUCAUCAGCAAAGCAACAACUUGCAGUGAAACAACUUGUCAUGGUAGAAAAAGAAGAAGUAGUUGCUGGGGAUGUUAAGGCAACAAUGCAGUCAUUAGAACGUGCAAAGCAACAGAGCAUGAGUGUGGAGCGGGAGAUCAUUAAACCUGGAACUAUCUAUGACAUGGAUUUGUCAGCCGAAGGUCCUGAAGUAGAAGGAAGCACAUCACAAAAAGAGAUCAUUAUAUCCGGAGAUGUGAAAGCGGCUAAAAGGUCCCUUGAAAUGGCGAAGCAGCAAAGCAUGCAUGUGGAGCGUGAAGUCAUUGUUCCUGGAAAUAUUUACAACCUGAAUGUCUCCGCACAAGAAGAGAGCUCAUCAGUAGAGCAGCAAUCUACGAGUUCAUCCUCCUCCAGAUGUCAGCAAAUCAGGACUUAUCCAAAGGUCAGUGAUGCAGUGACAGAUCAAGAAAGCCAUUCUCCCUUUGAGGCAUGUCAACAAAGAGCAGUUAUAGUCAGUAAUUGUGCAUCAGACUCACUGACACCUUUUGUAAGUUAUGAAUGCAAUGGCCAAACAACAGAAGAAGAGAGAGAAGAAGUAAUCAGAGGAGAUGUAAAGGCAGCCAUUAGGUCACUGGAGACUGCAGUGACAGAGCAGAAGCUCCUAGAUAAAGAAGAUAUUGUAAGAGGAAAUGUUCAAUUGGCUCUGCAGUCUCUUGAGAAGUCUAGUGUAAAUGUAUCCAAGGGAGACUAUAAGGCUGCAAUGAUAUACAGGAACUCAGGUAGGGCUUGUUCAGGGAGGAGCAAGACUGUUCAAGAGCAGUGUGUUGUGGUGUCUAUGCAUCCAUCUGACACAAAACUGUCUCCUUCAAUUUCAGUAACCUGUGAAGGAGAACCAUCCAUUUCAACACAGAACCCAACACCCAACCCUGUUGCAAAUGGAAUCUCAAAAUCACCCAGAUCUGAGAUUGUAACUCCACCACCACUCCCUCAAAAGAUUAGUGAGAAACCACCGGAGCAGAAGCCAUCCUUACCACCAAAGCCUCUAUGGAUGAAAUCAGUAACCGUGGAGGAACCAAAUAUUCCACUUCCCCCUGCUCACAAAUGUGCAAUGAUUCCUCCAAACCAAAGCAACCAGUUUCCUAUGCCCUUUACAGAUAAACUACAAGAAAACAAAAUCAACAUGGAAACCUUAAAGGAAACACACCACCAGAAAUAUGUGACGGUGAAAGAUUCAAAUCAAGAAAAUGAACGUCAAUCGAUGGACUCAAAGACUAGGGAAUCCAAGAAGAAAAAAGUAACAACACCACAUACCGAGGAAAAAUCUGACUGCCUAGUAAAACACAGCACUGUGGAAAUGGAGAGAAAUGUAAUACAGAAAAUUAAUGCAGCUGAGGAGAUUCAGAUGUGUAUGAAGAAUUAUGCAGAAGAAGGUAAACAUGAAAUGAACGUGAGCUUGCACACUGCGCUGCAGAACUUUGAACAAAAGGAACGUGAGGCUCUGGACAGACGAGUCCCUCAGUUAUCCAAAAGGGUCAAAGUAACAAAUGAUAGUGACAGUCACUAUAGCAACAAAAUCCCAACACACCAACACAAAUCAAAUCCCGAACAUCCCAAAAAACAACACAGCAAGACUGAGGUGCCAACGUCGGAGACCAAGAGUCUGGUUGACGCAUGCCCUUCACAGCAUACUGACCUCAAUGAAAAGCAUCACAAGCUUGAGGAUAAAGUUGUUCUUAGAGAAAAGAAAGUGAGAGAGACAGAAGGUGAGCGGCGACAGAGGCUUUCUGUCCACAAGGACGAGAUCAUGAAAGGAAAUGUGACGGCAGCCAUGGAAAUCUUUGAAAAUUUGAGAAAACGAGAGGAACUCAAAGAAAUCCUGUCUCAGGUUGAAGAAAUAGAGGAAGACACCAGCACUGUUGACAAUAGAUCCUUGAAGACAUUAUACAACAAUGUCCCUGAUUGGAUGGAUACACCGAGCACAAAUGCAAAGCAAAGAAAAACACAGCAAAAGAAAGUUGAAGUGGAAAUGCAGGAAGAUGAUUUGGAAAGCAUCUCCUCAGUCGAGACUGCGUUUGAAGACCUGGAAAAGGCAAGUAAAGAAAUAAUGAAUCUGAAGCAAGAGACCUUAGCAAAACUUAUUGAGAUUGAAGAGACAAUAAAAAAAGCUUUGUACUCUGUCUCCAAUCUGAAGUCUGAGGCUGACAUCGCAGGGUUGUCAGGACUAUUUGACGAAUCUCUCAACUCGGAGCAAAACAUUCAACCUGCCAACAACAUUAGAAAAAUAAGCAUUGUGUCAAGCAAGGCCAAAUCAGGUCUAACCAAAGAGAGAACUGACCAACAAGUGCCCAGGCACAAUAAGCCACUCAUCAGACAGUCCUCUUCCCAGUCCUCCCCGUCAUUCAUCUCCAUUCACUCAGCGGCCAGAAAGCCUGCCGAACAACCAAAGCUGCCCGUUUCAACAUUUAAACCAAAAACAGAUGGUGAAUCUGCUGCUGAAUGUUCAAAAAACUGUCCCAGUCCCGCAAAACGCAAAGUCAGUGUGCUUGAGGUGAAAACUGUUCCAGAGCAACCUGCAGGAUUGGUUGGCACAAAGACAGUCAGUGAAACAUACGAAGAGACGGAUGGAUUUGGCAACGUAUUUGUUUCCUCGACAACUUCCACAUUUGUCACCAAGCAAGCUGAUGCUAAAUCAUCUGCUCUGUUUGAAGUAGUUGGGAGUCCAACCAGAUAUGAAGUCAUGACAUCCCCAUUAAUGCGAAGAUCUGGUCGCCCCUUUGAAGACAAAGUGUUGAGCAACCCCAAGGAGGAGGGGACAGUGUUCGUCACAUUCAGCCAACCAAAGGAAAAGCACUAA